CGCGACGCGCAGCGGCCGGGGCGAGCGUCACGUGACCCGGAGAAUCGGCGGUAUGGGGCCGAGGAAACGCGGGUCCUCGCGGGGCUGGGCGACCGUGGCUGCCCCUCUUUCCCCCACGCUGGUGCCGGGCGAGGCCUCGGAGAGCGACUCAGAGCCGGAGCCGGGGGGGAGCGCGACCGGGACCCUCGCAGCCGGGCUGAAGGUUCCGGGGGAGGCGUCGGAGACCGAGGAGGAGGAGGAGGAGGAGGACAGUGCGGCCCGAGUGCCGCUGCCAGGGGUGUCCCGGGAGAGCCCCUCACUGCUGCAGCAGCGCCUGGGGGCGGGCGAGGGGCGGCUGCGGGGCGCGAUGGCUGAGGCGCUGGGACGCAGUUUCAAUGGGGCUGCGCGGCUGCUGGAAGGCCUGGGGGGGCCCCUGGGCCGAGCCCGAGCUGGGGCAGCUGCCACCGCGCACUGCCUGUGCCUGGUGCGCCGUGACCUGCGCGCCGUGGCUGCCGCCGUGGCCACCGUCACCGCCUGCCAGCUGCUGCCCGACAUCCGCGUGGAGCCGUGAGAGUGGGAACGCCAGCGGGACGGUGCUGGCAGCCGCGGGGAGCUCCUGGCGUCGUUGUUGCAGCGUCGCUGUCGCUGACCUCCAGCUCCUCCCGACGGACUUGGGGGUUGUGGUUGUCGCUGAUGGCGUUCUCGCUGUCGCUGCGUUUCCAGUGUUGUGUCCCCUUGAGCUGAUGCUGCCAUCGGCAGUGCUGCCACUGAUCAUUCAGUGUUAGGGGAGAGGUUUUGUGAAGGGCACAGUGGUAUGGGAUUCCUUUCAUAAAGAUUCUGGACCUUGGUUCCCUGUCCAUAUCCAAACUAGAAUGAUAAACAGUAUUAGAGAUUCAUCUUUUGAGGAAGAACCUCUGAGCACUUGUAACUGGCAGUGCUUUGAUAUUCUAGAUAACCCAUUCCAUAAGGAGUGCUAGGUGAUGCUGACUGAUAGCAUCAAUUGUGAGCAUCCUCUAUAGAAAGUUUCCCUCUGUGGGAGUGAGGAAACAAAACGUGGUGGGGUUAUUAUGGGGUUACUAGAGUCUAGGAUUCUAGAGUCAGAGGAUUGUAUGAGGAUGCUAUGAGGAUGCUAGCUCCUGUGAGUGCAAGUUCUGUUAUUUCAGAUCCUGUGAUUGUUUCCCAAUUCCAGAUUCUUUGAUUCUGUGAUGAUUCUGGGCUUCAAAUGUGUGGUGAUUUUGAUCCUCACUAAGAGUAUGGACUCCCAGAUUUGUAGCUUUGCAAUAUGAUACAUUUCCAUAUCCACCCCGUGCAUAGCAUGUGGCAUAGUUCUGAGUGCCUGACACAAACCAAGCAAAAUCAAUUUGUGUAGGUCAUUAAAAAAUAAUAAUAAUAAAAAUAAAAUCUUUGCUGUUGUUUCUUC